ACAGACACACAGAUACAGACACACACACACACACACAGACGCACACGGGCGAGGCUGGGCUUUAAUUAAACCAUGUCCUCCAAAAAGAAGAGCAAGUGCAAAGCUGGCAGGAGCCAGGAGGAGAGCAGCCAGAGCCAACGCUCCCCGCUCAGGGCGGGGGGUGCAGGAGGAGGGGAGGGUGGGGAGGGGGCAGCUAACAGCCCCCAGCCACCCUCCUGCCUCUCGCUCACCGUGGCUGACAUCCUGCUCCAGGGUGACGAGAAUGUCCCGAAGGCGUACCAGAAACAUCUUGUGCAGUUAGGUCUGAAUAGCAUGAAACUGGUAGCUCUCUGCAUCGGACGGCCUGCCCUGCUUACCAGCAGUGCGGGCAGGCAAGAGGUGUGCACAGCAUGGCCGGUGCUGGGUUUCCCGAGGGAUCGGGUGGGGUUAAGUGCGAUCACCCAGAGGAGCCUGAAGGUCAAGGUUAAUGAUGUGAUCUCGGUGCAGCCACUGAACAGCCCCAUCUUGCAAGCGGAGGAGUUACAUUUAACUUUGAGAGAUCAAGACGAUUCUUUUAAGACGGACGAAUUGUCGGAUUUCCUGCUGAGGAGCUUGGACGGCAAGAUCGUGUUCCCUGGGAACCUCCUGCACGUGCAGUUUUACGGGCGGCCUUGCAGCUCGACGGUGACGAAGGUGAAAGGAGUGGACGGUGUGGUGUUGGAGGGUCCCCCGGAUAGCGAGGCUGUGGACUUGCCAGCCUCGGCCCACGAGACCAGCGCCAUAGACCUGUCCACCCACCUCAGCGGGCUGGCUAUAGACGACUCUGGAGGAGAAGGGAGCCCGACCGGCCAAGCCCGGCCCCCCGCCGCCAUCGCUUCCCCAGCUCCCUGCCCCCCCGCGGUGGGCGGGGAGAGCCUGGGAUCGGUCCGGGAGGGGGACGCCGGGCGGGAUCCUCCACUGGAGGACUUUAUGCUGCAACAGGACAAGCGGGCGAGAGGUGGCGGAGAGGUCUUUUACUACAUCUCUCCUCUCACUCGGAUCAAGUGGCCAGACUGUGCCCGUGGGGAGUCUGCCCGGGAGGAGGCCGAGGCCAGGGUUACGUACGACGCGAUCGGGGGACUGGCAGCCCAGCUCCGCGCCAUUCGAGAGACCAUUGAGUUGCCCCUGAAGCAGCCGGAGCUCUUCAGAUCCUAUGGAAUCGCCCCUCCCCGGGGGGUCUUGCUGUACGGCCCCCCUGGCACCGGGAAGACUUUGAUCGCCAGAGCCGUGGCCAGCGAAGUGGGAGCUCACGUCUCUGUCAUCAAUGGGCCUGAAGUGAUGAGCAAGUAUUACGGAGAGAGCGAAGCAAGACUGAGGCAGAUCUUUGAAGAGGCCACUCGACGUCAGCCUUCCAUCAUCUUUAUAGAUGAACUCGACGCUUUAUGUCCAAGGAGGGAAGGAGCCCAGAGCGAGGUUGAAAAGCGAGUGGUGGCUUCGCUUCUCACCCUGAUGGAUGGCAUCGGCUCUGAGGGCAGUCGUGGCCAGCUGGUGGUCCUGGGUGCCACGAACCGCCCUCACGCCCUGGACCCCGCGCUGCGCAGACCCGGACGGUUCGACAAAGAAAUCGAAGUCGGGAUCCCCAGCCCCGAGCAGCGGGCGGACAUCCUGAGGAAGCUGUUGAGGAACGUUCCGGCUUCGCUGAGGGAGGCGGAGCUGGUGCGGUUGGCGGAUGCUGCCCACGGCUACGUCGGAGCUGAUCUGGCCGCCGUCUGCAAGGAAGCCGGUCUGUGUGCUUUACGUCGGGCACUGAGUGAGCGUGUCAGCCCCUCAGACGGUGAGGUGGCUGGGUCAGUGAAGAUAGCUUUCAAUGACUUCCUGCAAGCGAUGGCUGAUGUCAAGCCGAGUGCCAUGAGGGAGGUGACUGUUGACGUGCCAAAAGUGUCCUUGUCUGACAUAGGAGGGAUGGAAGACGUGAAGGUCAAACUCAGACAGGCUGUGGAGUGGCCACUCAAGCACCCGGAAUGCUUUGUCAGGAUGGGGAUCCAACCUCCCAAAGGAAUUCUCCUGUACGGGCCUCCCGGAUGCUCCAAGACCAUGAUCGCGAAGGCCUUGGCCAGUGAGAGUGGAUUGAACUUUUUGGCUGUGAAGGGACCGGAACUGAUGAGCAAGUACGUGGGUGAAUCUGAGCGAGCCGUGCGAGAGAUUUUCAGGAAGGCCAGGGCUGUGGCUCCUUCGAUUCUCUUCUUCGAUGAAAUAGAUGCCUUGGCUGUUGAGAGAGGAAGUUCCGCUGGGGCUGGCAAUGUGGCUGACCGGGUCCUUGCUCAGUUACUGACUGAAAUGGAUGGGAUCGAACAGCUUCGCGAAGUGACCAUCCUAGCAGCCACCAACAGGCCAGACAUGAUAGACAAGGCUUUGAUGCGACCAGGACGUAUUGACCGUAUUAUUUACGUGCCGCUGCCUGAUGCAGACACUCGGGCCGAGAUCUUCAAACUCCAGUUUCGUUCCAUGCCCAUCAGUCAGGACGUCACCGUGGACUUCCUGGUGACCAGGACCCAGAGAUACUCCGGGGCUGAGAUCGUUGCCCUUUGCAGAGAAGCUGCCCUUUUGGCUCUUCAGGAAAAUCUCCAGGCCCAGAGUGUUAUGGAAAGGCAUUUUGUUCAGUCACUUAAAAUUGUGACUCCGAGGAUUCCUGAGAAGCUCAUCGAGUUUUACACCAACUACCAGCAGCAAAGUGGACUGCACAGCCUAUGAGAACAUUGUGUUGGAUGCCGGUCAAAGGCAUAAUAAUCCUUGCAUUUGGUACAGCGCCAAAUCACGUCGUCGAGACAUCUCAAGUCUCAAGGAUACAAUGAUAACUUGGGCUCAUACUGGUGAGAAAUUAAAUUGUACGAUUAUGAUUUCCAUGCGCAUGAAACUCACAUUUUGAACUGUUCUUUCAAAAAAAAUGUAGUUUCUCUUCCCAGCAGUGACCAGAAAACAUAGUCCAGAUCUACAAUGAAAUGUGAGACCUUCCCAAUUUGUGCGAGUCUGAGACACACUACUGGAGCCAUCAGGAAGCUCUGAUAUUUCUUUAGGCUGUUCCAGAAUUCCUGAAAUAUUUUUCCACACUGAAAAACCAAACAAUCACUGAUAAUUGUUGGCCUGAAAUGUCACAUGGUCUUCGCCUGUAAUCGCAUUUUGUGUUAAAAUGUAAGAGAGUGCAGAAUUUUUGUCACUGAUUCAACUCAGUGUUAAUUUGACACUCCAGUGCAAUACUGGACGAGCAGUGCAUCGUUAGAGGUGCCGUUCAUCAGCUAAGACGUUAAACCAAGGUCCCAUCUGCCUGUUCAGGUGGAUGCUAAGGAUU